AUGAAGUCGGAUCCUUCAGAUCAUGUGUUGCCGUGUAAUAGAGCUAUGGCUCGUUUGAAGCUGGAGCAAUGGAAAUUGGCAGAACAGGAUGGCUCUCGAUCAUUGAAUUUACUGCCUACUCCCAAUUGUAAAGCUCACUUUCGCCGUGGUCUUGCAAGGAAAGGCAUGAAGAGGUGGGCAGAGGCAAAACAAGAUUUCGAGGCUGCUUAUACGAUUGAGCCAUCCAAUGCAAGUAUCGCAACCGAACUAGCAUUCGUAAAGUCCCAACUUGAACCCACAGCCACAGAUCCAGACCCUUCAAGUCGAGGUAAAGUUGUGGGUCCCUCAUCCAAUCCUACGCCAUCUUCGCUUAGCUCUUCGUCAAGUUGUCCCCCCAUCUCAGUCACAUCUACAUCCCUUGACGAACCAUCUACAUCUUCAAUCUCACAAACUUCAGCUCUCCUCGGUCAAUCGACUCAAAUCCUAAAUGGAGAUUCGCCCGGGCUGAAUCUGAUUCGUGAGGUGUCUACCAGGCGGUUUGACCCCUCAAAAAAGUCUGAAAAGGCUUCUGAAACACCGACAUCUACACUGAAUUCUUUCAGUACCCUCAAAGAUAUCCGAAAGAAGAAAGAAAAUGGAGGGUACUCUUUUACAAAGCGAGACGAUGCCAAUGUUUCAUUCACUGCGAGCUCUUCUCCGAAGGCAACCAAGACUAGCUUACCGAUGGUACGGGAUGACAUCAGAACGACAUCACAGACAGCGUUCCCCCCUUCAUCGCCCGUUUACUCAUUUUCUGAACUAGAGCGCCAGUGGGGAAUGUCCGCUCGGCCUGAUGCUCGCUGGUGUAUUCUCAAAGGCAUACACGCCGCACAUUUACCUACUAUCUUCGGUGAGCAUUUGGAACCAAACUUCCUUGAUCAGAUGAUCGAAGCGUUUGAGGUACCACAGAGAUCGGGGACUCAACCAGACUUGGCGCAAGCAGCAAGGUUAAUAGAAGGAUUAAACGGUGUUUCAAGAUUGAAAACUUUAACCAUGUUCCUCACCUCAGAGCAAAAGGAAGUGAUUAAAGAACUACUCGCAAGGUAUGAAAGCAUUGGUCCCGAAAAGCAAAACAUUUCAUUGUCCAAUUGGGAUUUGUGA